UACAAAGUCAAACGCCGAUGAGAGCUCGGAUUUCAGCCAGUCCGUGUAAUCUAGUGUGGAUAAAAUGAUUUUUGCGGUGGCUGUUUGAAUAUGGCUAUGUCAAGAGGACUACGAUGCUGCCAAAGGAUUUUCUCUUGGAUACCCGUGAUUAUUAUUACAGCGGUGGUGGUGUGGUCUUAUUACGCUUAUGUUUUUGAGCUGUGUCUGUUUACGCUCGACAACACUCUGGAAAAAGUCACCUACCUUGGACUGUUCCAUGUCUGUUUUGUGAUGUUUUCCUGGACCUAUUGGAAGUCCAUCUUUACACCACCGUCUCAGCCAUCAAAGAAGUUCCAUCUUUCCUACACGGACAAAGAGCGUUAUGAAAUGGAAGAGAGACCUGAGGUGCAGAAACAAAUUCUUCUGGAGAUUGCAAAGAAGCUGCCAGUUUUCACCCGGGCUGCCUCAGGCGCCAUCAGGUUCUGUGAUCGAUGCCAGGUAAUAAAGCCAGACCGAUGCCAUCACUGUUCAGUGUGUGAAAUGUGUGUUCUGAAGAUGGAUCACCAUUGUCCUUGGGUGAACAACUGCAUUGGAUUUUCAAACUACAAAUUUUUUCUGCUGUUUCUGUCUUAUUCCAUGCUGUAUUGCGUCUUUAUCGCUGCAACAGUUUUUCAGUAUUUCAUCAAGUUUUGGGAAGGUGAGCUUAGCAACGGCCCUGCCAAGUUCCAUGUGCUGUUCCUGAUGUUCGUUGCACUCAUGUUUUUCGUCAGUCUCAUGUUUCUGUUCAGCUACCAUUGCUGGCUGGUGGCUAAAAACAGAUCCACUCUAGAGGCAUUCUCUGCCCCGGUGUUUCAAAAUGGACCUGAUAAGGACGGCUUCAAUGCUGGCUUUCGAAAAAAUCUCCAGCAAGUGUUUGGAGAAGAAAAGAAAUACUGGCUCAUACCUGUGUUUACCAGCCUUGGUGAUGGCCAUUUCUUCCCCAUGCGGUGCUUGAACGAAUCUCAGAAUCCUCUAUUAGCUAAUGAAGAACAGUGGGAGGAGGAGGGAUCAGAUGAAGAGAGCUCGGCACUUCGGAGAGAGUGUUCAGUCACCAUAGAAUUGGAGUCAUAGCAAACCUUUGUAGGGGCAUUAUAUCUAAAGACUGGAAUUGCAUCUUAAAGAUCAGGACCCCCUAGAAAGAAGAGGAGUGAAAGGUGUGCUGCUCUUUGCACUUAGUGGCAAGCCGAUGCAUCUCAGCUACUGAAGAGUUAUGAAACACAGGAUGAAAAAUAUCCAAAAUGAACGAGCUAAGGCUUGAAGAAGUGGUGAAAUGGAAGAACCGAGAUGUUUGGUUUUAAUCCACAUUUGUCGUAUUUAUACAUUUUAAGUAUUAAAAGUGGGAACAUAAAUGCUCACUCUUGACCAGUGGACACUCUGAAAUGUGGGCAUGUUUGCUGCAACCUGGAUUAGCCACAGAAUUACAGAGACUCGCCGUACAGCAUGUGGUGACAGGGGGAUAAUAGGAGACCAAUUUUAUGAUACUGUGCAUUUAAACUCAUAGUCUUAAAUCUUAAAACUGUCUUUCUUUCUCACCUGUUAGAAUUGAACAUGUGUUUUGAAGUUUUUAAAGUCUGGUUCCUGUAUUUUGCAAAAAUGUAGCUUAGUAAAUUGGUUGUACAGUC